UUUCCUCCUUGCCUCUCCUCCUUUUCCUCUCAGCCCCUCUCCUCCUUUCCCUCUCAGCCCCUCUCCUCCUUUCCCUCUCAACCCCUCUCCUCCUUUCCUCUCAACCCCUCUCCUCCUUUCCUUUCAGCCCCUCUCCUCACCUUGCUCAUCACACACCCGGCUCACUCACACACCCUGCUCACUCACACACCCUGCUCACUCACACACCCUGCUCACUCACACACCCUGCUCUCGUGAACCUUCGCACAACCCUUUUCAAGUUCAGUAUUUUCUAG